AUGGCUCCUCAACCAGACCUUUAUCCGGCCCUCCAUCGAGUUCGCGAUCUCGAAACUGCUGGAAUUGAGGACCUCCAACAGAUCAUUCAGACAUUCCCCGUCAUUGACAAUCAUGCGCACAACAUGCUGACGGAGGACAAUGCCUAUGGAAGCGCAGAAUAUCCGUUCGAGUGUAUCACCUCAGAAGCUCAGGGGCACGCCUUGUCCGAUCACGUCCACGCCAGUCUCGCCCACAUGCGUGGGAUAAAACACCUGGCCGAAUUCUAUCAAUGCCCUGCCACCCUCCCCGAUGUCAAGGCUGCCCGAUACGAAUGGGUGCGGAGAGACUACCCGGGGUUGAUCAAAAAAUGCUUGCAGGGAACACAUGCCAUUAUGAUGGACGAUGGCCUCUCUCCCGAGAUCAUACACUCCUUUAAGUGGCAUCGACAGUUUGUGCCCACCGUGUCCAGGAUAGUCCGAAUCGAAGCCAUCGCGUCAGAAUUGCUCGAGCACCUCGCCCACGCCGCGGGAUUCAUGAGAGUGGGACUCGAUGCCGACUGGGACAUCAGCCAGACGGAGAGCUUCCUGGUUCGUUUCAAUACCGUCUUCCGAAAUCAAAUCCGCACCUUGGCCAAUGACCCAGACGUGCGGGGCUUCAAGUCGGUCAUCUGCUAUCGCAGUGGACUCGAUAUCGGGCUCGAGAGCAGAAAGAACUUCCGCCCACACCAGUCGCUGACCGAAUCCGUUCUCCUGCAAUCCUUCCAUGAUUUCCUGCAGAAUGCUGUUCGCGACCACAAUUAUCGUAUCCAGCAGAAGGAGGUCAACGACUAUCUCGUCGUGGUGGUGUGUGAUGUACUCGAGAAGCUUGUAGAUACCGAUGGUGAAAAUCUACCCUUCCAAUUCCAUACCGGUCUGGGCGACACAGACAUUGAUCUGGUCAAGUCCAAUCCUGCAUAUAUGCAGCCGUUGAUCGAAGCUUUCCCUCAGGUCGACUUCGUCAUCCUACACUCGUCCUAUCCGUUCACACGAGAAGCCGGCUAUCUGGCAGCCAAUUACUCCAACGCAUGGCUUGACAUCGGUGAAGUCUUCCCCAUGCUCUCCAGAGAAGGUGAAGAGGCCGUAUUACGACAAGCGCUUGAAUUGACUCCCAGCUCCAAAAUCCUGUGGAGCACAGAUGGACACUUCUAUCCCGAAACCUACUGGCUAGCCAACAAGCAUUUCAGAGAAGCCCUUGAGAAACUUCUCACCUCAUAUAUCGCGGCCGGCGAUGUCAACGUCCCGCAAGCUAUCGAUAUGGCCGUCGAUAUCAUGUUCUGGAAUUCCAAUUUGCUGUACAAGCUCGACGAAGAACGCAAAUACCCCGAACUUCUUCGAGCGUGCGGCAGAGAAUCUGUCGACAGUGUACGCACUUUGGUCAAUGGAAGUUCCAAAGCUCCGUCUUUCAGAUCGUACGCUAGCACCGCCGUGGCCACCCCUGGAGGCUCAGCGGCACGACUGGGAGCUUUGAUGCCCGAGCCAGCCCUACCAGGAAACGGCGCCCCGCUCGCCCUUCGCUCCGGCAGUGCAAGUGCUCCCUCUGGUCCGAGCUCGACGGCGGUGUUCGCUCAGAAUGUCACCAUGUUUGAUGCAUUCUUGCAAACCAAUCCCGAUGUGAAGUACGUCUGGCUUCAGUUUCUGGAUUACACCGGCACCCUCCGGAAUCGCAUGCUUACAGUUCAACAAUUCCGAAAGCAUCUUUCUACGGGCAAAAAUACCUGUGUCGCGGCAGCGCUGACACGGAUGAUGCAAGACGACCAUUCAGCGACGGGGUGUUCACCCACGGGCCAAUUCCUUCUCGCUCCAGACCUAUCUACUCUGUCGUUAAACAAAGGAAUCUCCUCUCCGUCGGCCACCGUUCAAACUUGGUGGAUGGCUGACGCCGAACAGGUCCCCAAUGUGGAACACUAUGAUCGCUGUCCUCGCUGGCUCCUUCAAUCCCAGUGCAACACGCUCAAAUCCGAAUUCAACAUUUCCAUGCUCAUGGGCUUCGAACUGGAGAUUAUCUUCAUGAAGCCGAUCCCGAGCCCGGAUGGAUCUGAUUUUGACGACUUUGCCCCCUUGCACAUGGUCCACUCCUGGUCCAACAUGACUUAUCAACAGCUCGACAUGCUGCCGAUGAUUGAGGAAAUCGUUGGACACCUGACCGAACUCGACAUCCACCUCCCGCAAUUUCAUUCCGAAGCAGCACCAGGGCAAUGGGAAUUCCCUCUUCCCGCUUGCGAACCGGUCAAAGCCGUUGAUAUUCUUUUCAAGGCCAAAGACGUGAUUCGGAAUGUGGCCAAGAAGUACGGCCUCAAAGCAACCUGUUAUCCUCGACCCUUCUCCUUUACUUGCGGGAGCGCAAAUCAUGCCCACUUCAGCAUCAACGGGCCUGGUGACACGGUCGAGAAAUACGAAGCCCCGUUCCUCGCGGGUGUGUUAGAACAUCUUCCAGCUUUACUUGCCUUUACACUUCCAAUUGAAGAAUCUUACCAACGUGUCAACGCGGGAAUCUGGGCUGGUGGCGAGUAUGUAUGCUGGGGAACUCAGAACAAGGAAGUCCCCCUUCGGAAGUGCGGCCCUGGUCAUUUUGAGCUUAAGAGCAUCGACGGAAUGGGUAAUUCCUAUCUAUCCAUGGCAGCGCUGUUGGCAGCGGGUCUUCAUGGGCUCCGCCAAGACCUGAAGCUCGAGCUUAAGGAUUGUGCAGGUGACCCAACAGGGAUCGGGGAGGAAGAGAGGCAGAAAUUGGGUAUUACGACGCAAUUGCCCAACACUCUUGAGAAGAGUCUCAAGUGUCUGGAUCGGGAUAAGGUGUUGAGAAGAAGUCUAGGAUAUGCACUUGUUGAUGACUACUUGGCCGUGGCCGAGAGUGUCAUGGCCAAGUUGAGAGGCUUUGGAGAUCAAAAGAGACGUCUUUGGUUGAUGAGCCGGUACUAG